UGCUGGCAUGGUUUUACCGGUUAGUUUGUAAAACGAGGUUUUUGAUGGAAAAAUACAGAAUGACCAGAAGAACAACGUCUCUGCUGUUUAAGGCGCUGGUGGACAUGAAGGACGGCGCACUUUUAAAGGCUGUACGUGGAAACAGCAGAAGGGCACACUUUAGACAGUUGGGAUCUUGUGGGAUCCUGACAGAAAGGAGAGCCAGCCUUCAGCUGCGCCCUGCCACCCCCACGGUGACAACCAGGCGCACCUUCAUCAACCUGGCUGUUCCCAUCAGCACCCGCAGGAUGGAGUACACGGAGAGCAGGAUAUUGGAGUACACUCCAGAAGAGAUGUACAAGGUGGUGGCCAACGUAGAGGACUACAAGUAUUUUGUUCCCUGGUGCAAGAAGUCUCGAAUCCUGAAGGGAACGAAGGGAAACGUCCGAGCAGAGCUUGAAAUUGGUUUCCCUCCCAUCACCGAGCGAUAUACAUCUGAGCUCACUUUUGUUCCUAACCACCAAGUCAGAGCGGUGUGCUCUGAUGGGUCACUCUUCAGCCAUCUUGAAACGGUGUGGAGGUUUGCCCCUGGAGCCAAAGGCCUCCCAGGCUCCUGCAAAGUGGAUUUCUUUGUGUCCUUUGAGUUCAAGUCUCUGCUGCAUUCUCAGCUGGCCUCCGUGUUCUUCGACGAAGUUGUAAAGCAAAUGGUCAGUGCCUUCGAGUCCCAUGCAGCGACUCUUUACAGAAACAAGCCAGACGCUUCCUUCAGGAGUCUUUCAGCUAUUAGCAACCACCUCUGACCUCUGCAGUGUCCUUAUCCUCCCGGGCUAUUACCAAAACCAAGCCAUCGUGCUGCUUUCACUACGCCCAAUACUUGACUCUCAUCUGAGACCAGUUCUCCUGUUUGCACGCACCUACAUAUUUUAUUGUAAAUUGAACAUAUGCAAACUGUAUUUAUUUUGAGCCAAAUUAAAAUUUAUUUACUUUUCUGUACAUAUUUAUUUAUUUUGCUGACGGUAAUAAUACAUCAAAUAAAAGUUUUUGUUAAAAGUG